GUUGAACAUCAUUUCCCAUGAGCGCCAGCAGAUUUAUCAUGUGAUACUCAGGUGACGUCACAUGACAACAUGGCUGCCGCUCUGUCCAGCGAACAUUUUGACAAUUUACAGCUCCUCCUGAAGGCUCCGUCUAAAGACGCAGUGAGAGACAUCUGUGUUCAGAGUCACAGGGGGACGCACCGCCGGCUGGAGGAGACGACGGCGGAGACAAUGAAUGUUACCACUGCUCAGGCUGCUCAGCUCCUCCGCUCCCUCCACCUCCUCUCUCACCAUGUUCUCUUCCACCAUCUGGGUUCUGCAGAGCAGAUCCUCCGUCUGUUCCCUGACUCCUUCCACUCCAGUCUGAAGAACCUCAUCACCAAGAUCCUGCUGGAGAACAGUCCGACGUGGAGGACGGAAGCUCUCCGAGAUCAGAUCUCUCUCCCACAGCUGAAGGAGUUGGACUGGAGAGUCGACAUGGUGACCGGAUCAGACUCAGUCGGUCGGUUGUCCGUCCCGACCUGUCUAGUCCAGAUCAAGAUGGAGGACCCAUGUCCGUCGGCGGGCAUCGAGCCGGUUUCCACGGUGAUGGUGGAGCUGAGCCGGGAGUCAGUGGACACCAUGCUGGACGGACUGGGACGCAUCAGAGACCAGCUGUCUGUCGUCGCUGCCAAGUGAUUGGUCCGUCCAGAAGAUGACAUCACAAAGCUGUGAUGUCACUAUGUGAUUUCAUCACUGAUCCUUUUUUUUGUCAUGUAUUCAAGUUUUUAUUAAUUAGUUCGAAUGUUUACAGAAAUAUGUCAAUAACAAAUUUACUAAAAUAAAAACAGAACUUUUUUUUGUUUCUAAAA